UAUAAUAAUUAUAGUUUGGAAUAUAAUGGACUUGGCUAAUCACAAGAAGAACUACAUUAAACACCUGUCAAACUACUCUGUCUGAAUAAUGCCAUAUCUGAAAGCAAUUGAGGAGAAGUACGUAAACACUGAGAAGAUCUUGUUCCAAGAGGAUCUGGAUUUCAAUGCGUAUUGCAAGGAUGAGAGAAAAUAUUUUGAAGAGGCCAAGAAGCAAUAUGAGGAAUAUCAAGAUUAGUUUUUAAGUAAUUGGCCAUAUUUUGAGGUUUGCAGGAGGUUUACGGAUGUUUUGAGGUAGUUUA